GCUUUUGAGUUUCAUGCUUGAUUGUCAAUGUAUUUUCUUUAACUUGGUAGUUCUUAUGAUCUCUAAUUCUCUCACUCUGUACAAAGACAUUCAUCACUAUCGUUAUUCCUCGCUAGGAAAUUUUCAAAAUGGUACGGCUUCUUAGAGUUGGGUUCAGUUUAUUUCAAAUAUUAUCAGCUAUCUCGCCUUCGAAUGCCCUCACGAUCAGAGCUGCCGCGGUGCUCUCUCAAACUAAUCCAGGCCCUCCCAAUUGGUUCUUCGCAGGAUGUUAUGAGGAAGCAAAACCUGGACUAGCUCUCUCUAACACGCUUGCAACUACAGGAGGGAAAGGAGCUUUGACUGUCAUUGCUUGUACGACGGCAUGCCAGGAAUCAGGCUACCUUCUGGCAGGAGUGGAACAUGGGAGAACAUGCUAUUGUGGCAAUACAAUCCUGAACGGAGUUACCUUUGCGAAAACUGGUUUGGCAGGUUGUGACACACAUUGCAGUGGUAACCACUCGGAGUUCUGUGGUGGAGUGAACAGCUUGGAUGUAUACAACUACAAGAACUCUGUGCCAUUACAGCCCUACGUACUAGCUGUUGGCUCCAGCUCCAGCUCCAACUCCAAAAGUUCUUCAACAUCCCGGACAUCAAGCUCGACCACCCAUUCUGCUACUACAGCGAGUUCGAGUAUUUUGACCAAAUCCUCUUCCACUUCGAAAGCGAGUACUUCGUCAAGUACGCAAAAGUCAAGCACACCAAUCUCCAGCUCUCAAAAGUCGACAAGCACCCAGAAAUUGUCAAGCUCUCAAGUCUCCUCCACUUCCCAGAAGUCGUCAAGCAAUCAACUUUCUUCGAGCACUCAAAGGUCAUCGAGCACCCAGAAAACGUCAAGCUCUCAAGUCUCUUUGAGCACUCAAAAACCAUCGAGCACUCAGAAAACGUCAAGCUCUCAAGUCUCUCUGAGCACUCAAAAAUCAUCGACCAGCCAGAAAUCGUCAAGUACUCAAGUCUCGUCUACUUCUCAAAAGUCAACGAGCUCCCAAAAGUCCUCUGGCUCGCAAGUCUCUUCUAGUUCACAGAAGUCGUCGAGUACCCAGAAAUCAUCAUUAACAAGCUCUCAAAGUCCCACUAGUUCUCAAAAAUCGUCAAGUUCUUCUGGCAAACUAUCCUCGUCGACAUCGACAUCAAAACUUUCCUCUACGGCUCCAAGAACAAGCAGCAGCAAACAGACCACUUCCAGCACUCCCGGGACAACAAGUAAUAAACAGACCUCGUCUACCAUUUCUGGGACGACAAGCAGCAAACAGAGCUCCUCUAGCAUUUCUCCAUAUUUGAAUGUCUCCAGUUCAGCUUCAAGUAUCAAAUCUAGUCUACAAAGCUCGCUCACAUCGACGCCAUCAUCGUCCAGCUCGUUGAAAACGAGCUCAUCGGUCUAUACUUCCAUUUCUUCUAGUAUUAUGCUGGUUCCCACGCCUUCUUCCACACUGCAAGUUACCAGCUCGUCACGAAUCAGCUCUUCCAGCUCUCAAUGGAGCAGCUCUCCACAAUUGAGCUCAAUGCUAGUUCCAUCCAGCUCGUCAGGGAUUAGCUCUGCGAGCUCACAAUUUAGCGGCUUUUCACAGCUAAGCUCGACAGUGCUUCCUUCAUCUACAUCACAAUUCACUAGUUCAUCGCAGAUAAGCUCUUCAAGUGUUGUUCCCUCUUCUAGUUUGGAAUCCAGUAACUACUCACAACUAAGCUCAACAUCAUCCACAUCGCAGUUUGCCAGCUCAUCGGAUAUUAGCUCUUCAACUCUUGUUUCCUCUUUCAGCACCCGAUCGAGCAGCUCCUCACAAAUAAGCUCAAUGUCAUCCACAUUGCAGUUUGCCAGCUCAUCGCAGAGUAGCUCUUCAACUCUUGUUUCCUCCUCUAGUUGGCAAUUUAGUAGCUCUUCACAACUGAGCUCAUCUUCAUCGAGCUUUAGUGCAAGCUCUUCGGUACAAGAAAUCUCAUCAACCCUCGGGUCCACAUCUCUCAGCCAAACACUCAGCUCGUCACUGUUCUCAUCAUCUGCAGUCCCGAGCUAUUCUUUGGAAGCGACUAUCCUGUCCUCUUCUCUCACAGCGUCACCAGCGGUGGGAAGUUCUUUUACACUAGUGACUCUCUUGUCCUCGAUCACAACUUCAUCGACAGCAAAUUCUAGCCCUACUUUAUCUCCCAAUACACUAAUUCAAGGGUAUUCGUUCCUGGGCUGCUACACAGAAGCUACUGGAGUGAGAGCACUUUCACCAGGAGCUUUCUUCAAUUACACUGGCAUGACUUUGGAACUAUGUGCAUCUGAUUGUGCUGGUUACACAUACUUCGGAGCUGAGUAUGGCGGAGAGUGUUAUUGCGGAGAUGUGAUCAAUCUUGGCUCUGUGGUAGCUCCGUUGACAGAUUGCAAUAUGAUAUGUCCAGGAAAUCCAUACGAGUAUUGCGGUGCUGGCAGUCGACUCGACUUAUACAAGGUCGGUCCAUCGACUCAGCAAUCAACGUCUGCAUCAGGCGCAAUGCCUUCGUCUGUAUCAGGUGCAGUUCCUUCGUCGGUUGCAUCAAGUACACAAGCUCCAUUACCCAUUGCAACAGGUUUGUAUCAAGGUUGUUAUUUGGACGGAUACAACGGACGUAUUCUACAACACCAGCAACCCGACAACUUAGAAUUGACGCAAGAAUCGUGCAUUGCAACUUGUACGGCUUUGGGAUAUACCUUGUCUGGAGUUGAAUGGAGUAUUCAAUGUUACUGUGACAAUUUUAUCUACAACGGAGGAUCUCUUGCGCCAAAUCAAGCCGAUUGCAAUAUGCCAUGCGGUGGUGAUAAAGCCGAAAUGUGUGGAGCAGGGAACAGAAUAUCGCUCUCCUCUACGGACGGCCCGCCGAAGGUCUAUGCGUCGCCUGCUGCUCAGAAAACUGAUCUACCCGCCAAUUGGGUCUACAUGGGUUGUCUACAGGACAACGUUCCUUCCGCUGAAGAUCCAAAUGAGAUCGUAAGCACCUUCCCCUACAUGGUUUGGCAAAACGCGAGCAAUACCCCAAGCGCAUGCAUAGAACAAUGUCAAAUAUUUGGUUACAAUGCGGCAGGUUUGGAAUAUGGUUCUCAAUGCUUCUGCGGCGAUGUGGAGAACAUCGCAGUUGCGUCAUAUCCUGGCGUUUCAACAGAUCCCAACGCUGUUCAAAACUACUAUCGCGCCGCGCCGCCUCAAAUCGUCCCUGAUUCUGAGUGCAAUUCUGUGUGUGCAGGUAACGCUUCAUAUCUUUGCGGAUCUGGAAACCUCCUGUCAUACUACGCUUGGGAUGGACCUGAACCUCUUUACAACUUCGGCUUCCCUACCGGUCCUGCAGCGGGAGAGUAUACUUUCUUGAUUGGUGGUGUCGUCGUGCCACUUAUGGUCUCUCAAGUCGUUACUGGCAAGGUUACAUUUACAGAGAAAUAUGGUUCUGGAGAGCCCAACGGAACAGGCGCCUACGAACUGGACUUGACUGAGAUUGACGACUUCGCGGCAGCAUGGAGAACAAUGACUGGGCUUCAAACCGACGUGUUUUGCUCAGCUGGACUAACAUUACCUGACAAAGUAGGUCGACAAAUUACUAUUGGAGGCUGGGCAGGCCAGUCAAAUUUCGGUGUUAGACUUUACUGGCCGGACGGAUCUGCUGGUGUACCAGGGACAAACGAUUGGCAGGAGGAUCCAGGUGUGGUGUCUCUUCAGGUGCCGCGUUGGUAUGCUUCAGCUAUGAUUAUGGCCAACGGGUCUAUGCUCAUCGUUGGUGGUGAGAUCGGAAGCAAUGCCGCAGAACAACCAACUCUUGAAAUCUUGCCCGCAACAGGUGUUCCUGACCCGACAACAGUAAGCGGUUACUCCAAUACGACCGUCUACUUGGAAUUCUUGGAUCGCACAGCGCCAUUCAACCUAUAUCCAUUCGUUUGCGUGGUUCCGUCUGGUAUCUUCAUCGCAUAUUAUAACGAGGCUCGUAUCUUGGACGAGGUAACUUUCGAAACCAUCAAGACACUUCCGAACAUGCCUGGCGCCGUCAAUGAUCCUACUGCUGGACGUAACUAUCAACUAGAGGGGACCAUGGCUCUACUACCCCAAUACGCCCCUUAUACUGAUAAUCUGGAAGUUUUGAUCUGUGGUGGAAGUACUUCAGAUGGUGGCUUUGCUCUUGAUAAUUGCAUAACAACAGCUCCAGAAGACCCCGAGCCUGUUUGGGUCAUUGAAAGAAUGCCUUCAAGACGUGUCAUGCCAAGUAUCGCUGGUCUACCAGACGGGACAUAUUUGAUCCUCAACGGAGGACAGCACGGUGUAGCAGGUUUCGGCCUGGGUGGUGAUCCCAACUUCAACGCUGUUCUCUACGACCCAAGCCAGCCACACAACUCUCGCAUGAGCAUCAUGGGCAACACUACCGUCGCACGUCUGUACCAUUCCGAGGCUACGUUACUCGUAGAUGGUCGUGUUCUCGUUUCUGGCUCUGAUCCCUCUGGUGAUUUCAUCCAACCUGCAGGAUCAUGGCCCGAGGAGUACAGAGUCGAGGUUUUCAGCCCACCAUAUCUACUUUCUGGCCUUCCUCGACCAACAUUCGAGAUUUCAAGCACAGACUGGGACUACGGAGAGAGCGUGUCAUUCACCCUCACUUCUGGCUCUACAGCAGACAUCAAGGUCUCUAUGCUAGGAUCCGUGGUAUCAACUCAUGGCAAUUCCAUGGGCCAGAGAACCAUUUUCCCGGCGGUGACUUGUGGAGGCAAUACAUGCAUACUCACAGCUCCACCAAAUGCUCAUGUAGCACCUCCCGGAUGGUUCAUGUUAUUCGUGUUGGAUGGACCGACGCCCUCUGUUGGACAAUUUAUAAGAAUUGGGAAGGACCCGGCCAAUAUGGGGAACUGGCCCUCGGAUAAUUCUGCAUUUGAUGUUCCUGGUAUUUAGUUGAUGAUCUGUAUGCUGAGUUUGUCCACAUGUAUUUAUUCUUGUCGCUCAUUCCGCCGCGGAAUUUUUUGUAUUUAUAAAGAUUAAUACAUACUCUCAUGC